AUGAAGCCAGGGACAUUGUCACAUGAGUUAAAAGAGGCUCUAGGCAUGCCUGAUGGUGCCCCCCACCAUGGCUCAUCAAUAUGCAGAGAUAUGGUCCUCCACCUUCUUAUCCUCAUUUAAAAAUCCCUGGCCUUAAUGCACCAAUCCCCGCUGGAGCUAAAUUUGGCUAUGGGCAUGGAGAAUGGGGCAAACCACCUGUUGAUGAAUAUGGACGUCCCCUCUAUGGAGAUGUUUUCGGCUUUGUGCAACAAGAACAGCCCAAUUAUGAGGAAGAACCAGUUGAUAAGACUAAGCACUGGGGUGACUUGGAGGAGGAGGAAGAGGAAGAGGAAGAAGAAGAAGAGGAGGAGGAGGAAUAGAUGGCAGAAGAGGAACUUGAAGAUGGCAUUCAGUCUGUUGACAGCCUUUCAAGCACUCCUACUGGCGUUGAAACCCCUGAUGUUAUUGAUCUUCGAAAGCAGCAGAGGAAGGAACCUGAUAGGCCUCUCUACCAAGUAAUUAUUUUUCUUUUUUCCUUACAUUGUUACACCUUAUUUUGAAGGUUUCUAGAUGAAAAAUCUUUCCAUUUCAGGUAGCUUCUUUGCUUGAUUAUGUAUUUCUUUCUAC